CACACACACACACACACACAGGUGGCCAGCUUCACUGGCUUCAUCCUCCUUUCAGUCUCCCAGCAGUCUUGGGAGGGAGCAGGAAUAGUUAAGCCCCUUUUAGAGAUGAGGAAACAGCAGCUCAAGGUCAGCAUCAGAGCUUGUCCUCUGAGAAACUAAGGAAGGAGCGCCCCUGAGUUUUGAAGGCCUACCCUUAUUUGGUUCUAGAGGCCCAGCUGAGGGGGGCCUGGAACUCCUCCCCCAGCCCUCUUCUGGCUUAGCCCCAUAAGAUGUCACUGAAUGAGGUAUGAAGACUUACCAGCAAAUGCCUGCACUUGCAGUAAUGGUCCCCAAGCCCCUGCCCUAGCUGCCCACUCCGGCCACAGUUCACCUAAGGGUGGUUUCCCCUUCAUGCUCUCACACUACCUUUUGCACCUGCCUCUUGCCUUACCACAUUUCCGCACUUAGCAGGUCUCUGGGGCCUUGGGUGUCUCAGUCUUACAUCCUGUGUGACCUUGAGACUGCACUCAACUCCCACUUGCCCCACACCUACACACACCGGCACCGGGACAGGACUGGCCAGAUGCAGCUGUUAAGACUCUGGAUAUGGACAGACCCAGAUUUUUUGUUGGUGGUGGAACUGGGGUUUGAACUCAGGGCUUCGCACUUGCAAAGCAGGCCACACCUGUAGUCCAUUUGGCUCUGGUUAUUUUGGAGGUGGGGGUCUCAAAGAACUAUUUGCUGGGCUGGCCUUGAACUGAGAUCCUCCCUGAUCUCAGCCAACCCCUCCUGGCUCCAGAUUCAAAUUGUAGCUCUAACAUGGAAUUGCUUAUUGCUUGCUGGAAUUGCCUUCUUAUCUGGACCCCAGUUUGGCCUUCUAUCACAGUGGGUCCACAUCAGUGAGCCCAGAUAGGCAGAGGUUUACAUAGAUUUCAGUUCUCGCACAGGGGCCUAGCCAGCGUUACUUCCUCUUGCCCCCAGGCAUGGACACAGUAACCUGCAAGAGGGUAGGCCCAGGGGGCUGGUGGAGUGGCUCAAGUGGUACAGCACCUGUCUAGCAAGCGUGAGGCCCUGAGUUCAAACCCCAGAAUCACCACACACAAAACCACACACGCACAAAAAAAGGGUAGGCCCAGGCCUGUCCUUGAGGUCAGGGUAACCUGGGUCCCAUGACUGAGCUGGUGUGACUCCAGCACCUUCCUCAGGAUGUGGGGGCCAGGUAGGGGGCUGGGCCCAGAGUUGGAGGCAUUUCCUGUGUUGAAGGAAGUCCUCUUGCCAUUUCUGCUGCCCUGCAGCCAUCCUAGGAGCCCUGUGUCCUUGAGGUUUUGAGGCUCUAGGAACCAGGGCGCUGCAAGCAGGCCUUGGGUGCUCAGCUCCUCAGGGACCCUGGAGGAAGUGGGAGGUACAGGGAGGAAGGUCUCUGGGGACAGGACGUCCUCCCUUUGUCCAGCAGGCAGAACCCAGACACCCGUGGCCCCAUGAGUUUCCCGUCCUGGCCAAAACCAGUUGUGUGUCCCCUUGGGCCAGGCUUUAGUAAGGACCCUUACUCUGAGCCCAGCCCACAGCCACGGUGUAUAGGUGGGAACUGGGGGACCCCGGCAACCCCAGGGCUGCUCAGACUCUAGGACAAUCAAGGCCAAGACCCCACAGCCAGCCUCUGGCCCUGCCCAGUGCUAAGCCGGGGAGGGGGCUGGAAACCUCAGCCCUAGGCAGACAAGGAAGUGGCCAGGAAAGCGGAAGCAGCUUUGAUGGUCUCAGAGGGGGCCGGAAGCCAACGGGGGUGGUAGAGGACUAGGCUGGGGGCCUAUGUUCCUGUUUUCUCCCCAGGCACCUCUGAGCAGCCCCCUCCUCCUUCAGAGCAGGAUCUGCUGCCGUAACCUCAGCUUGCCGGCUGGGCACCAAACACCAGUGCCUGCCAAUGCUGCCCGGCCCCCAGAGAGUCAGGCCCACAGAGCACACCCAUGUGGGCUGGUGGUGUGGGGAGCCCUCGGCGGGGCAUGGCCCCUGCACCUACUGAUGACCUCUUUGCCCGUAAGCUUCGCCAGCCAGCCCGGCCCCCACUGACACCACACACAUUUGAGCCAAGGCCAAUCCGGAGCCCACUUCUGCGCAGUGGCAGUGAUGCAAGUGAGGCCCGGCCCCCAACACCAGCCAGCCCCCGGGCCCGGGCCCACAGCCAUGAGGAGGCUAGCCGUCCUGCCGCACCCCCCACUCGGCUUUUUACUGACCCACUGGCACUGCUGGGGCUGCCAGCCGAGGAGCCAGAACCCACCUUCCCACCUGUGCUGGAGCCCCGAUGGUUUGCUCACUAUGACGUGCAGAGUUUGCUCUUUGAUUGGACACCACGGCCAAAGGGGACAGGAGGCCAUGCAGAGGCCAGCUCUGGGACCCCAGCCUUGGCUGAGGACCAGGCCACCAGCUCAGACCUGCUGCUUGGAGCACCUGGCUUUGUGAGCGAGCUUGGGGGUGAGGGUGAGCUAGGUCUGGGUGGACCAGUGUCCCCACCUGUGCCUCCUGCACUGCCCAAUGCGGCCGUGUCCGUUCUGGAAGAGCCACAAAACCGGACUGAGGCCUACAGCCUGGAGCAUGCAGACCUAGGUGCUGGAUACUACCGCAAGUACUUCUUCGGCAAAGAACACCAGAACUUCUUUGGAAUGGACGAGGUGUUAGGCCCAGUGGCAGUGAGCCUGCGGCGGGAGGAGAAGGAGGGCAGCGGAGGGGGCACCCUGCACAGCUACCGUGUCAUCGUGAGGACCACACAGCUCCGGACCCUACGAGGUACCAUCUCAGAGGACGCACUGCCACCAGGGCCCCCAAGGGGCCUGUCCCCAAGGAAGCUUCUGGAGCACGUGGCACCACGGCUGAGCCCAAACUGCCUGCGACUGGGCUCCGCUUCUCCCAAGGUGCCACGCACACUGCUUACGCUGGAUGAGCAAGUGCUGAGCUUCCAGCGCAAGGUGGGCAUCCUGUACUGCCGGGCAGGCCAGGGCUCGGAGGAGGACAUGUACAACAAUGAGGAGGCAGGAGCAGCCUUCAUGCAGUUCCUUACCUUGCUGGGCGACGUGGUGCGGCUCAAAGGCUUUGAGAGUUACCGGGCCCAGCUGGACACCAAAACGGAUUCCACUGGCACGCAUUCCCUCUACACCACCUACCAGGACCACGAGAUCAUGUUCCACGUCUCCACGAUGCUGCCUUACACCCCUAACAACCAGCAGCAGCUCCUGAGGAAACGCCACAUUGGCAAUGACAUCGUGACCAUCGUGUUCCAGGAGCCUGGCAGCAAGCCCUUCUGCCCCACCACUAUCCGUUCACACUUCCAGCAUGUCUUCUUAGUGGUGCGAGCACAUGCUCCCUGUACCCCGCACACUUCAUACAGGGUAGCCGUGAGCCGCACUCAGGACACUCCGGCCUUUGGGCCUGCUCUGCCUCCUGGUGGAGGCCCCUUUGCAGCCAAUGCUGACUUCCGGGCCUUCUUGCUGGCCAAGGCGCUCAAUGGUGAACAGGCAGCGGGUCAUGCACGUCAAUUCCACGCGAUGGCUACGCGCACGCGCCAGCAGUACCUCCAAGACCUGGCCACCAAUGAGGUGACCACUACAUCGCUAGACUCUGCCUCGCGCUUCGGCCUGCCCUCUCUGGGUGGCAGGCGCCGGGCCACCCCUCGGGGCCCUGGUGCUGAGCUGCAGGCUGCGGGUGCGCUGAUGUGGGGCGUGCGCGCAGCGCCCGGGGCGCGGGUCUCGGCGGGAGUCGAAGUGGGCGGUCCCGACGCCUCUGAGGUGCCCUGCCUGCUGGGCAUUUCGGCGGAGGCAUUGGUUUUGGUGGCGCCGCGGGACGGUCGGGUAGUCUUCAACUGUGCCUGUCGCGACGUGCUAGCCUGGACCUUCUCGGAGCAUCAGCUUGACCUAUACCACGGCCGCGGGGAGGCGAUCACGCUGCGGCUCGACGGAGCUCCGGGUCAAGCCGUGGGUGAGGUCGUGGCGCGCCUGCAGCUGGUGAGCCGUGGCUGUGAGACGCGCGAGCUGGCGUUGCCCCGCGACGGCCAAGGCCGCCUGGGCUUCGAGGUGGACGCCGAGGGCUUUAUCACGCACGUGGAGCGCUUCACAUUCGCCGAGACCACGGGGCUUCGGCCCGGGGCGCGCCUGCUGCGCGUGUGCGGCCAGACGCUGCCCCGCCUGGGUCCCGAGGCUGCAGCCCAGUUGCUGCGCUCCGCGCCCAAGGUCUGCGUCACCGUCCUGCCCCCGGAUGAGAGCGGCCGUCCCCGCAGGAGCUUUUCAGAGCUGUACACGCUGUCCCUGCAGGAGCCCAGCCGACGGGGGGCCCCAGAGUCUGUGCAGCAUGAGACCCUGGAGGUGAUCCUGCUGCCCCCCAAAAAACAGCUGCUGCGUCUGUGCCUGCAAGAUGGUAGUGGACCUCCAGGGCCUGGGGAGCUGGCCGAGGAGAGGACUGAGUUCCUGCAUAGCCAGAACUCACUGUCACCCCGAAGCUCCCUGUCAGAUGAGGCUCCAGUUCUGCCCAACACCACCCCAGACCUCCUCCUUGCCACCACAGCCAAGCCAUCAGCACCCAGUUCAGGCAGAGACACACCCCCCUCCCAGGUGAGCAUAAACAAGGCCAUGGAGGUCAAAGACACAGAGGUGACAAUGGGUGUCACUGCAUCCACAUCUACUUCUCCCCAGCACCAGCCAGGCAGCCCCAGUAGCUGUGAGGACAAGGUUGACCCGGCCCCAGAACUGAGGGCCUCCUUCCUGCCACGAACCUUGUCUCUUCGGAACUCCAUCAGCAAGAUCAUGUCGGAGGCUGGCAGUGAGACCCUGGAAGAUGAGUGGCAGUCCAUCUCAGAGAUCGCCUCCACUUGCAAUACCAUUUUGGAGUCGCUGUCCCGGGAGGGACAGCCCAUCCCAGAGAGCGGAGAGCCCAAGGGAACUCCAAAGUCUGAUGCUGAGCCAGAACCUGGGAGCCUGUCAGAGAAGGUCUCUCACCUGGAGUCCAUGCUUAGGAAGCUGCAGGAUGACCUGCAGAAGGAGAAGGCUGACAGGGCUGCCCUAGAGGAGGAGGUGCGGAGCCUCAGGCACAACAACCAGCGCCUGCUGGCUGAAUCAGAGAGUGCGGCCACCCGCCUGCUCCUGGCCUCCAAGCAGCUGGGUUCACCUGCCACCGACCUGGCCUGACUAUGAGCCUGCUUGGAACUGCAUGGCCCUUCAGGGCACCUGAGUCAUACGGGUGGCCCUUGGCCUUCCUCAGGACCUCUCCCUGCGCCGAGGCGCGUCUUAGCACUGCCCCCCACUCCCCAGCCCCUUUGGUGGCAAAGGUGCCCCACCUGUCCCUGUUUGUAAAUAUUCUGUGGAGAAAAGGGGACAUCAGGGAGUAAAGAAGCCACA